GUGGCGACCUGGGGAUCGACCUGGAGGGCCCUGGGCACCGUGUAGAGACCUCUAGAUCCAGCGUGAGGGACCUCCCGCCGGGAUGCCAGGGGAGCAGAUGGACCCAACUGGAAGUCAGUUGGAUUCGGAUUUCUCGCAGCAAGACACUCCUUGCCUGAUAAUCGAAGAUUCCCAGCCUGAAAGCCAGGUUUUGGAAGAAGAUGCAGGGUCCCAUUUCAGUAUCCUGUCUCGACACCUUCCCAAUCUGCAGAUGCACAAAGAGACCCCCGUGCUGGAUGUAUCAAAUCCAGCACAAACAGCUGCCGAAGAACAAGGCGACAGCCAUCGCUCACUCAGUGAACAUCUGAAAGAAAACAAAGCUGCAGACCCUGCGGAUUCUUCCCGUUUGGGUCCCUGUGGCUCCAUCAGUCAGGUCAUAGAGCAGUUACCUCAGCCAAACAGGACAAGCAGUGGUCUGGGAGUGACAGUAGAAGCCGCGUCUCUCACAGAGGAGGAGAAGGAGGAAGAGCUGGAAGAGGAGAAAGAAGAGAUGGGAGCGGGAGCUCCAGAUGCUGAUGCACGCUCUCCUUGUGCUGAAGACUCUGCUUCAUCACAGUUGGGCUUUGGGGUUCUGGAACUGUCCCAGAGCCAGGAUGUUGAAGAACGUGCAGAGCCAUAUGAUGCCAACCAAGAGCCUCUGCAGCUAGUGACCACCAACUCGGGCUCUACCCAACUGUCAGAUGUGGAUACAAAUACUGCAAUAAAAUGUGCAGAACAGUCCAUUGAAGAUAUUGCUGUGAUAGAACAACCCAACAGAGACAUCCCAGUUACAGUACAGCCCAGUAAAGGUAUCCAUGAGGUAGAAGAACAAAACCUACCACUUACAAGGUCGGAAGACUUGCCUUCCAGUCCUCAAGUUUCUAUUGCUGCUGUGGAAACGAAGGACCAGGUAGCUGUCCAAGAGCUGCUGGAUGGGGGGCUGCAGGUUCAGACGUCGUCAGAGCCCGAGGUCACGUCAACUCAGGAAGACUUGUUUGACCAGAGUAGUAAAACAGUCUCUGAUGGGUGUUCUACUCCUUCAAGGGAGGAAAGUGGGUGUUCUCCGGUUUCCACACCCGCUACCACCUUGCAGCUCCUGCAGCUGUCUGGUCAGAGGCCCCUUGUCCAGGAAAGUCUUUCCACGAAUUCCUCAGAUCUUGUUGCUCCUUCCCCCGAUGCUUUCCGAGCUACCCCUUUUAUCGUUCCUAGCAGUCCCACAGAGCAAGGAGGGAGAAAAGAUGAGCCCAUGGACAUGUCAGUGAUACCUGAAGAAGGAACAAAGCCUUUCCAGAAGCUUGAGGAUGAUGAAGCAGUGGAGGCAGACAAGUCCCUUCUCCCGUCCCUGCCUGCUGUGUCACCACAAGCAUCAACACCUGUGUCUCAAAGCACAGCAGUCUUCACUCCUAGCUCGCUUCCCAUCCCGUCCCAGCCUGAGUUCUCUCAUGACAUUUUUAUUCCAUCACCAAGUCUGGAAGAACGAUCAAGUGAUGGGAAGAAAGGUGGGGAUUUGCACAGCUCAUCCUUGACUGUUGAGUGUUCUAAGACUUCAGAGAAUGAACCAAAGAAUUUCACUGAUGACCUUGGGCUCUCCAUGACAGGGGAUUCUUGCAAAUUGAUGCUUUCUACAAGUGAGUACAGUCAAUCCUCAAAGAUGGAGAGCCUAGGUUCUCCCGGGACUGAGGAAGAUGGAGCGAACACACAGAUUGAUGACACCGAACCCUUGUCUCCAGUCACCAAUUCUAAACUCCCUGCUGAAAGCGAUAAUAAUGUCCUGAUGGGUCCAGCACAAGAUGACCAGGUGGAAAUGGAUCAGAAUGACAAAACAAAAGGGGAUGACAGUGAGAGCAGAGGGGACAUCCAUGUGUUAGCUGCAGAUUGUAAAGGCAGAGAAGAAACUGCUGCUCAUGCUGAUGUUUGCAUUGACCUCACUUGUGAGUCUGGGAGUCAGGCCCUUCCUUCCCCAGAUACCCGCUCUGAGGCCCUUUCCAGUGUUAUAGACCAGGAGGAAGCUAUGGAAGUUAAAGAGCACCAUCCAGAAGAGGGGUGUUUGGAAUCUGAGGUAGAAGUCCCUGAGGUUUCAUGUGGAAGUCACAGAGAGGAGCCCAAGGAAGAAACGAUGGACGGUAUCCCACUGCACCUUUCUCUGACCGAAACUCAGUCUCAGGCGUUGUGUCUUCAGAAGGAGCUCCCCAAGGAAGAAUGCCCGGAAACCAUGGAAGUUGAAGCCAGUGUGAUUAGUAUUGACUCUCCCGAAAAGCUGCCAGUACUGGACCAGGAAAUGGAACAUAAGAAUCCAGAAACUUGGGAAGAAGCUACUUCCGAUGACUCCAGCAUUGUCAUUGUUGAUGUGAAGGAGCCCUCACCUAGAGCUGACAGCCCCUGUGAGCCUAUGGAGGGAGUGGAGAAGUGCUCAGACUCCCAGCCCUGGGAGGACGCAGCUCCAGAGGCAGGACCGCGUGUGGAGAAUCCACUAAACACUCUGGAGGAAAAGAGUGCGGAGCGUGAUGGCAAUGUCAAAGCAGGGACCACAGAAAAGGACUCUGCAGAGGAAGACUCUUCACAGCCUCCUCUGCCUUCAGUGAGAGAGGAACCCCCCAGACCUGACCAGGAGACACAGCAGCCCCAGCUUCAAGAGAAAGAGAGCCCAGUGACCGUAGAUGCAGAAGUGGCUGAUGCCAAGCAGCUGGGAUCAGAGGGAGCGUGUCCGCAGCCUGAGAAGGCCCCUGUCCAGGCCUCCCAGAGCUUCUGUGAGACUUCUAGUGAAACCCCAUUUCAUUUCACUUUGCCUAAAGAAGGUGAUACUAUCCCACCAUUGACUGGCGCAACCCCACCUCUUAUUGGGCACCUAAAAUUGGAGCCCAAGAGACAUAGUACUCCUAUUGGGAUCAGUGACUAUCCAGAAAGCACCAUAGCAACCAGUGAUGUCAUGUCUGAAAGCAUGGUGGAGAUCAAUGAGCCUUUACUUGGGAAUGAAAAAGGGGAUUCUGAGUCUGCCCCAGAAACAGACGGAAAACUGUCUCUGAAAAUGAAACUGGUUAGUCCCGAGACAGAGGCCAGUGAAGAGUCUUUGCAGUUUAGCCUGGAAAAGCCUGCAACUACUGAGAGAAAAAAUGGAUCUACUGCCAUCGCUGAGCCUGUUGCCAGUCCCCAGAAGCCUGUGUCUGUGUUUAGCUGCAUCUGUGAAACCCAGAAAGAGAAUGAGGCUGGAAGUGAGGAUCCUCUUUCCGCACCCACCAGGGUGAAUUUGCUCCAUUUUCCAAGUACUCAAGAAGACGACAAAGAAAAACCAAAUGGUACCCCAAUGCUCAGGCAGAAGGAACAGCCUGUGAGGCCCACUGAGCCUGACGAGGAUGCUGCUUCUGAGGACUCAGCUUCUUUUGUUUCCCAGCAGAGCGCCACACAGGGGUCAUUCAGCCCUCAGCGAGAAGUGAGGGAAACAGACCUGCUCGAAGGCCUGAGUGCUAACCAGGAAAAGCCCAGUAAGGUCUUGAUGCAAAGGCCCACCCAGAGUAACAUAGGAAUCCAGACCGUGGACCAUUCCCUGUGUGCCCCAGAAACUGUUUCAGCAGCAACCCAGACUGUGAAGAAUGUGUGUGAGCAGGGGACCAGCACAGUGGAGCAGAGCUCUGGGAAGCAGGAUGCCACUGUGCAGACUGAGAGGGGGACUGGAGAGAAACUGGCCAGUGCUCCAGUGGAUGAUACAGAGUCCCUCCACAGCCAGGGAGAAGACGAAUUUGAAAUGCCCCAGCCUCCACAUGGGCAUGUCUUACACCGGCACAUGAGAACAAUUCGUGAAGUACGUACACUUGUCACUCGCGUCAUCACAGAUGUUUACUAUGUGGAUGGAACAGAAGUGGAAAGGAAAGUAACUGAGGAGACCGAAGAGCCAAUCGUAGAAUGUCAGGAAUGUGAAACAGAAGUCUCCCCUUCACAGACUGGAGGCUCCUCUGGGGACCUGGGGGACAUCAGCUCCUUCUCCUCCAAAGCUUCCAGCUCACACCACACAUCAAGUGGGACGAGCCUCUCAGCCGUGCACAGCAGUGGCAGCUCAGGGCGAGGAGCCGGGCCACUCAAAGGAAAAACCAGCGGGACUGAACCGACAGACUUUGCAUUACCCAGUUCCCGAGGAGGCGCAGGAAAACUGAGUCCUAGAAAGGGGAUCAGUCAGACAGGGGCACCAGUGUGUGAGGAAGAUGGUGAUGCGGGCCUUGCCAUCAGACAGGGAGGAAAAGCUACAGUCACACCUCGUGGGCGUGGGCGAAGGGGCCGCCCACCUUCUCGCACCACUGGAACCAGAGAAGCAGUUGUGUCUGGUCCAUUGGGCGUAGAAGACAUUUCACCUAGCAUGUCACCAGAUGACAAGUCCUUCACCCGAAUUACACCCCGCGUGUCAGACUCCAGCAGACGGACGGAUGCUGGUUCUAGUGCUUUGCGGCGGAGUGAUUCUCCAGAGAUUCCUUUCCAGGCUGCUACUGGUUCCUCUGAUGGCUUGGAUGCCUCGUCUCCAGGAAACAGCUUUGUGGGGCUCCGUGUUGUGGCCAAGUGGUCAUCCAAUGGCUACUUUUACUCUGGGAAAAUCACACGAGACGUUGGAGCCGGGAAGUAUAAGCUGCUCUUUGAUGAUGGGUAUGAGUGUGAUGUGCUGGGCAAAGACAUUCUCCUGUGCGACCCCAUCCCCCUGGACACUGAAGUGACAGCCCUCUCAGAAGAUGAGUACUUCAGUGCAGGAGUGGUAAAAGGACACCGGAAGGAGUCUGGGGAGCUGUAUUACAGCAUUGAAAAAGAAGGCCAAAGGAAGUGGUAUAAGCGAAUGGCCGUCAUUCUGUCCUUGGAGCAAGGAAACAGACUAAGAGAGCAAUAUGGACUUGGCCCAUAUGAGGCUGUCACACCCCUCACGAAGGCAGCAGAUAUCAGCUUAGACAAUUUGGUGGAAGGAAAGCGGAAACGGCGCAGUAACAUGAGCUCCCCAGCCACCCCCACUGCCUCCAGCAGCAGCAGCACAACGCCCACCCGCAAAGCCACAGAGAGUCCCCGUACUUCCACAGCAGUUCCGUCAGGCAAAAGGAAACUUACAACUUCGGAAGAGGAACGAUCCCCUGCUAAGCGUGGCCGCAAGUCUGCCACUGUGAAACCUGGUACAGUGGGGGCAGGUGAAUUUGUGAGCCCCUGUGAGAGUGGAGACAACAUAAGCGAACCUUCUGUCCUGGAAGAGCCAAGAGGGCCUUUGCCCCUCAACAAGACCUUGUUUUUGGGCUAUGCCUUUCUCCUCACCAUGGCCACCACCAGUGACAAGCUGACCAGCCGCUCUAAACUGCUAGAUGGUCCUACAGGAAGCAGCGAAGAAGAGGAGGAAUUUUUAGAAAUUCCUCCUUUCAACAAGCAGUAUACAGAAUGCCAGCUUCGAGCAGGAGCUGGGUAUAUCCUUGAAGACUUCAAUGAAGCCCAGUGUAAUACAGCCUACCAGUGUCUCCUAAUUGCGGACCAGCAUUGUCGAACCCGGAAGUACUUCCUGUGCCUUGCCAGUGGAAUUCCUUGUGUGUCUCACGUCUGGGUCCAUGACAGUUGCCAUGCCAACCAGCUCCAAAACUACCGUAAUUAUCUGCUGCCUGCAGGGUAUAGCCUUGAGGAGCAAAGAAUUCUGGAUUGGCAACCCCGUGAAAACCCUUUUCAGAAUCUGAAGGUCCUCUUGGUGUCAGAUCAACAACAGAACUUCCUGGAGCUCUGGUCUGAGAUCCUCAUGACUGGAGGGGCAGCCUCUGUGAAGCAGCACCAUUCAAGUGCCCACAACAAAGACAUUGCUUUAGGGGUAUUUGAUGUGGUGGUGACAGACCCCUCAUGCCCAGCCUCGGUGCUCAAGUGUGCUGAAGCCUUGCAGCUGCCUGUGGUGUCACAAGAGUGGGUGAUCCAGUGCCUCAUCGUUGGGGAGAGAAUUGGAUUCAAGCAGCAUCCAAAAUACAAACAUGAUUAUGUUUCUCACUAAAGAUGCUUGGUCUUACUGGUUUUAUCCCUGCUAUUGUGGAGACUGUGUUUUAACCAGGUUUUAAGUGUGUCUUGUGUGUAAUUGUAUUUGCAUGGACUUGUACAUAGUUUUAUUUGCCGGACUUUUAUGAUAAAAUAAAUGUUGAAUCUCUUGGUUGUAGUAACUGGGAUUUCUUCAUCUGUUUCUUUGAGCUUAAUCUCAGAAUAUGGUAAACAUAGGCUCCUCUCUGAAGUUUUCCAGCAGGCUUGUCACUUCAGCAGUACAACAAACAAAGGAAGAUAAAAAUGUAGGGAUGAACUUUAUUCUGUGACACGACUGUCAUUGUCAAAAGGAUUAUCUCAGGCAUCUAAA